AUGACGGGCAGUCUCUUUGAUCUCACAGACAUCUCGUUCUUCGAGCUGGACCGGCUCUUCGCCCGCAGUGCGAAGACCGUCAAGCGGCGCCAGCAGAAGCGGAAGCGGAGGGAGAAGCGCAAUGCCGACACCUCGAGCUCCGAGCGGUCCCGAUCCCCUCCUCGGCGCGGGUCCCUGCGCAUGGGCGGCCGCGUGUUGCCGCAGACAGGGGGAUUCACCGACAAGGUGGGCAUGGUGGAGAGGACAAUAGUGGUCACCGCCAUUCCCUUCGGCGCGGACGAGAAAAUCCUCUUCAAGCACUUUAGCAAGUGCGGUCUGAUUGAAGACCUGCAGAUGAUUUACAACAAGAAGAGCGAGCCGACGGGGGUGGCGAUCAUCGAGUUCUCCCAAGAGGAACCGGUGUCGCGGGCCUGCGCACUGCCGCCGCCUUUCAAUGAGAUCCUGGGCCAGGUGGUGCAGGCGAAGCGCGCGGACGCGCAGAUUCCGAAGAAGGACCCCGGGCCCAAGCGCACGCUGACCAGGCAGCAGUUCACCCAGCAGGUGCUGAGUGGCUUGACCAAGGCGCCCUCAGACAACCAGAACAUGAGGAAGCUCCACGUGAAGAAUCUCCGGCCGGUGGUGCGGGACGAGGACCUGCGCAGCAUCUUCAAGCCCUUCGGGGAGUUUGAGGACUUCCAAAUGGGCUCCGGUGAGUGCUGGAUCACCUUCAAGAACCACAACGACGCCCAGGACGCCAUGAGCUCCAUGCAGGCUUUCCAGCUGGUGGGCCAGGAGCUGAGCAUCACCAUGCUGUCCGUGAAGGCGGAGGAGAAGGAGGAGAAAGCCGCGAAGCCCAUGGAUUUGGACAUCAAGAACGACAGCGACUUCGGCGCCACCAGCGCAGGCGCCACCAGCGCGGAAUAG